UCCAUAAAUACAAAACAAACUCCCUCCUGUUCCAACUCCCAUCAAACCAAACCAGACAUCAAUGGCGAGGAAGAAGACCCAGCUAGCCUACAUAUCCAACCGCGCCGCUCGCCGCAUAACUCUCAGAAAACGCCGCCUCGGCCUUCUCAAAAAGCUUCGCGAGCUGACGGUUCUCUGCGACGUUCCGGCGUUCGCCAUUGUCUAUUCGCCCCAAGGAACAGAGCCGGAGGUCUGGCCGUCGCCGGCGGCAGCAAGAGAUCUCAUCAAGGGGCUCGAUGGCGCGGAAGGGAAGGGGAAGGAGAAUAACAUGAUGAACCAGGAGGGGUUUUUGCAGAAGCAAAUUGCGAGGGCGAGAGGCCAGUUGGGAAGAAUCAUGGCGGAAAACGAUGAGCUUGCAGGGGAGCUUGUUCUUCUUCAGUGUCUUGGGGGUCGUUCGGUGGAGGGAUUGGAAAGUUAUGAGCUUGGGGUGGUUGGAGGCGCGCUUUCGCGGCGGAUUGAGGCGGUGGAAGGUCGGAUUUUGAUGGCGGAGGAUGGUGGGGUUGGGCAGGGGGAGGAUUUGCCGGUGGUGAUUUCGCCAGCGCCGGAGAUGGGGGAGACAGUGGUGGACGGCGGAGGUUGUUGGACGGAUAAGGUGUUGGAGUGGGAAGCAGAGUUGAUUUCUGAGUGGGGGCAGUGGGGAACCGGUUUCUUUUUUGAUGAGGGUUAGAUACUCUCCCUAAAUCGGAAAAAUAUUAACUCAAGACUGCUAACA